UUUGAAAACCAAAAUGGCUACUGAGGCUGUUCAAGCGUUACUUGAAAGAUGCGACCAUCUACAUUUGGAAUUGUACGAUGUGGCAGAGCAUCAGGAGGGUGGGGGAGCGGAGUUGAUGGUGCCCUACCUAACCGAAAGUCGUAGCAAACAGAAGAUUUUGUGCAGACAGUUGUUUGUGCUGGAUGACAUGAUGCAGCUUCUGGAGAGACUGGAGACAACUGACCAGCUGUUUAAUGAACCCUGCCCCCCAAACCCCGGCAACGAUGCUCACAGACGCUGGAAGGUCCUGAAGAGUGAAUAUAAAGAGGGAGUCCAGGAGGUGGAGACACUUAUUAGCACCUUACAGGACAGGAUGGACAAACUGCACCACAAACGGGACAGACUGACAAACCUGGUCAUAGCACUAGAGAAGAAGAAAGAUCUCAGCCUGCAGAUGGGGGAGUCCCUCAAGACGGCCCACAAUGCCUUGCGUGUAUGUGAGGUGCAGCUGGCCCAGCUGAGGGUGGAGACCGGCGCCACACUGGCCCGCUCGGCUGACUGGCAGCACCUGAGAGAUGCCCUGCAGGGCUAUGUGGAGGAGACACAAGGAGUGAUGCAGUGUAGGCUGUUGUCAGUGGGGUCCUCGGAGCUGUGUGUGGAACUGAGGCCCUGCUCCUGUGGAUCCUCCUCCUCUGGCCAGCUGGAGCCUCUCAGACUGACUGUCACUUGGAGCCCUGAUGACCACUUCUACCUCCAGGUGUAUCAGGGUACUACAGGGCUGUUAGUGGAGUCCAUGAAGAGUCGCCUUUCUCACCUCAGUGCUGCCCUGCUGGAGGUCUUGCAGUGCUACAUCAGCCAGGGAGAGAUGCUGGCUGAGAUCCAGGCCCUACACUCCAGGUUUGCUAUAGACUGGCGUCCAGGCCAGAGACUGCUAGUGUUCCUGAAGACUGCCUCUAGGGUGUGCAACCUGGAGGUGGAGGAGGGCUACCCUUCCAGAGGCACAGCUACACUCAUCUCUGUACGCAGGGAUGGCAAACUGGUCGACAACGCUGUCCUACAGCCUCCCAAGAAGACCCCCUCUCUGACAGAGUGGCUGGAGUUCCUCUCCUCCAGUCCGUACGUCUGACCAUCUUCUCUAGUUGACAACGAGGAAGUGGUUGUUUCUCUCCAUGGUCACCAAAGGGGCGCCCUUACCUCUAAUAUGUAAAUAUUAGGAAUUUAACAAUUCAGUGUGCAUUGAUCCUGGUUCAAAUGUUUAAGAUGAUAGUGCAUGGUUCUGCAGGACCCCAAACCAAUCCAAAUUUAGCAUGCAUCGGUCAGAAAACCGAUUUCAAAUGUUACAAUUGCCAGUUCACUAAAGUUUUUCACUCAUUGUUUUAUUCCAAAAAUACCUCUUAUGGUGUCGGCUCUUCCUAUCAUUGUGAAGCAGAAUUCACCAAGCGUUGGAUUGUUCACCCACGAAUAGGGAACGUGAGCUGGGUUUAGACCGUCGUGAGACAGGUUAGUUUUACCCUACUUUCCUCAACCACAGUGUGUUGUGUGACUGAGUUGAUGCGUCCUCUCCUUCAGUUCAGUGGGCUAUUGAAAUUUUAUGCGUGUAACUGCAUAUGACUGUCAGGUAGAUACAGCUGCUUGCGCUGACUAGAAGUAGGCCUCUCCAUGUUCUUAAUGGGCUGUUCGGACAUCACCGCGGCACCUUCAACGUUCAGAGGCUUUGAAAAUGGCUUUCUCAGUGUCAUAUCGUAGGGUCUUAUUAGUUGAGUGACAACCAAUGCAAUUUGCCGGGUCAUUGUUACCAAAUGUGCUGUAGAAUUGUUUUUUUUACUGGGGUUGCGUAGUCUACUGGGGUGCACACAACUCGCAUCGACCUGCUGAGUGGGGUUUUCAAUCAUUCUGAUUUUAUUUAGAUUGUUCGGGUCCCCAUAAUAAAUAGUUUAUUUAAAGAAAAACUA